GCCGGUAAGUCGGUGUUUGCCAGUGACAGCCAUCCCUCAAACCCUCAGGACCCCUGCAUAGUCCACCUCGUCAUCACAUCUGUACGUUUCUUAUGACACUGUGCGAUGGAGCGGAAAGUAAACGGCAUUGAGGAGUAUUCUACAUGAGAGCUGUGCAACAGGCAACUGGGCUGCAAACUCACUGAAGGCUCAUCGGCUUUGGAGGAACUGUUGCACGGAAUCCCGCUGCGAUGUCCCUGCUGUGUGUCAGAGUGAAGAAAGCGCAACUACACGGGCCACCAGACAAGUUCAACGCCUACGUAACUUUAAAAGUGCAAAAUGUGAAGAGCACCACCAUCACAGUCCGAGGGUGUCAGCCAUGUUGGGAACAAGAUUUCAUGUUUGAGAUCAACCAUCUGGAGUCAGGUCUGGUGUUAGAGCUAUGGAAUAAAGGUUUGAUCUGGGACACUAUGAUCGGCACAGCGCUGAUACCCCUGGAGACCAUUCGACAGUCUGACGAGGAGGGACCAGGAGAGUGGACGUCGCUUGACUCUGAGGUGUUAAUGAGGGAAGACGAGAUUUGUGGUACCAGCAACCCAACUCCACACCAAGUGCUGCUGGACACCCGCUUCGAGCUGCCCUUUGAUAUCCCAGAAGACGAGGCUCAGUACUGGACCAGUAAACUGGAGCGGAUCAACACCAUGCGAAUACAUGACGAGUAUCCACUGCAGGAAGAAGUCCAGAGAAGACAAAUGGCUUCUGUUCCCUCUCAGUGCUGCAGUUGGAGUUAUUUUGGAUGGAAUGACCAGCAGACUUUCGAUGACCAUGACAGUGCAGUGGAUGACCGUGAUAGUGACUACCGCAGUGAAACUAGCAACAGACCUCCACGGUUCCACAACACCUCCCAGACAAAUUCAUCAGUGCACCAGUACCCUAUAGGACGCAGGGUCCAACAUCAAACCCUGUCAAGGGAAGCUGACUCUAUACAAAGCUAUGAGCUAGACUAUAGAGAAAUAAGGGGGCCCAGACAAUCAAACAGUCAGGGUGGAGUAAAAAUAAUCCCUGUCGACUCAGGAAUGGGUGUGGAGGAUUGGGAAAACAAAUAUAAAGUGCCUGACUCAGGUGUCUUAGAUGAUUACUUGGACGCUGAGCAGAAAAUGUGGGAGGACGAAGAUAAAAGCAUCAUCUACCGGCUCAGUGACAACCCUAAUGAGUCCAAAGGUAGCAGGUUCUAUCAGACAGUAGAAUGUGACGCACUAUCCCCUGAAGAUAUGGAGGAGGCAAAGGACAGGGCUUACAGACAGAGAAAUGGCUUUUGUAGUGGAGAAGUGCGGUUAGUUUAUAAGGAAGCCGGCAGCUUUGAGGAUGAAUCGUCCCCUCCUGAGAUUGAUAUAAUUCCCUCUGUCAGACAGCUACAACAGCAGACAGACAGAAAAGGUCUACUUUACAAGACCAGACUGUGGGCCAAAACUGCCUUAGAGGACACACUUGAGAACUAUGCUGCUUUUCGUGAGGAUGAGGCUGCUCGGGAAGAGGCUGCAAGGAUCAGGGAGAGGGUUGAAUAUGGCUCUAUUGGUUCGGAUGAGAUGCAGUAUUCCUUUGGAUCUGAGGAGGAACUAGAUGACCUGACAUUCACUGAGGGGGAUGCUAGUUAUGAAUAUGAAAAUUACUACUGCCCCAGCAAAUAUAUGUCACCUUUUGGAGGACAACACUAUUCAAGCAAAGGGAGAACAGGUCAUGGACAAUAUCCAAUGUCGUCUCCUGAAGAGGAGCAAAGUGAUGAAUAUGUAGAUGCAAUGGAUGAACUUCAUAGCUUAGUUCACUCAGUGUCUGAAUACCUGGCCGUAAAAGAAGAGGAAAUCAACAAUUAUGAAUCAAUGCCUAAACCAAUAAGAAGAAAACUCCCAGCACUGCCAACAGAUGCUGAAAUUGUGAAACCUAAGGACAGUCCUGGCAUUGAAGCCAAACCUGAAGUUAAAGAGGACAGUGCUGUUGAACAGGGCAUAGCUGGAGUAAAGAAUGCCAUGAGUUCAUUACUCAGUACAUUCACAGGAUCAAAAUCCGAAACUGAGGUUGAGGUCUCUGCCACAACUUCAUCCCCCCAACCACCACAAGCAGACUCUAUUUUAAAACUGCUCUCUUUAAUCCCUAAAGCUAGUACUGAAGCCACAGAUACCACUGGUAUCACUGCAACAGAUCCACCUACCUCCAAGGCAUCACCCCAACCUGUGUCUGGUAUUUCAAAGCUGCUUUCGUUUAUCCCCAAAAGUGGUGUUACUUCUCCUCCAGUAGCCAUAGUUCCUCCUGCUCCUCAGGAGCCCACAACAGAAAAAAAGUUUUCCCUUCAGUCUCUUUUGCCAUUUCAAUCCUCUGAAACCAGUCAGCAAACUGACACUGGUCAAGGGCCAACACACAUUGCCACAGAGGCACAAGACAGUGCCACCACUGCUACUCAAUCUACAUCUGGCUUUGAAUCUAUGUUGGGAAGGCUUAGUCCUUUGAGACUUUUUUCCAGUUCACCGUCAUCUAGAGAGCCAUCACCUCAGCCAUCAGAGCAAAGAAGUGCAACUGCUACAAGCAAAGAAUCCCAACAAGGGUCCGUAAACAGAUCCAAGAGUCCUAAUAGUGAGGGCUUGCAAACAGAGCGACAGUUGUCAGGUGAGACAAGACCAGGUUCGGGAAGUGGAUCAGUUGAUCUAUUGCCAGAUACAGGAAGUGGAUCAAUUGAGCUUUUGCAAGAAUCCGGAAGUGGAUCAGUAGAGCUUCUUCCAGAGACAGAGUCAUCAGGUGAGCUACCUGAUAUUCAGCAAAGAAGAACUUAUGCAAUAUCUGAACCAAAACCUGAAAGCAGUUCAGAGGAAACAGGAUUGUUCAGUCCUUUUAAAAAUUCUCUCUCUACUCUCAUAUCAACAGUUCCUCCUGACAUUUCCUCACAGACUGACAUAAAGCCUGCAGAUGAGUCCUUUUUAGGCGGCAAACUUAAAAUUCCAUUUCUCUCUUCUGAAAAUAUUUCCACAACAACCCCACCAAAAACAGAAGGAGGCAUGCUCUCUGGGAUUCUUAAGUUUGCGUCUGGUGAAGAUGCCAGUUCCCCGCCAAAAAGUCCAUCCCCCAGUCCUGCGAGAACUCCCUCUCCAAGUCGGGCUGCAUUUUUUGAAAGUGUACCAAAAGGAAACACAGAAACGGGCUGGUUUUCAAACCUGUUUAAGGUAGCCCCAAGUGAACCUGCUAAGGAACCUAAAAAACCACAAAUUACUCCCACCGUAAUGCUAACCAAAGCAAGUGGUCAAACUGUGCCAAAUAAUGAACAAAUGGUUCCUAAAACAAAGGAAAGCCCUGUUUGCAGAAUAGAACUAUUGUCUCAUGAGCAAACACUGUCUGAAAACAAUCCCCAAUGCAAGAAAGAUGUCCAGCCUGAAGCAGAUGUCACAUCUAAAAAGCCAAUGGAAAAUACCAGAUCACAACCACACGCCUCACAGGCUCAAGGAAUUAUUUCUGGAAUGCUGAAAUUUGGAUCAACAGAGGACAUGUCGCCUGACAAGAAAGCCCAUGGAGGGGAUAGUCAGCCUCAACAAGGGGGGCUAUUUUCAGGCCUCUUUUCAUCACCUUCCCAGUCACCCCAAACUCAGAAUUCUUCCGCACAACAGUCAGGAGGAUUGUUGUCUGGAUUUUUAAAAUUUGCCUCCGAUAAUGUUUCAGCUCCUUCAAAUCAGUCAGUGUCAACAUUGCCAGGAGGCCAAUGUGGCCAAAUUCCAACUAAAAUGCAAGGAGUACCUGCUGCUGCACAGCCAUCAACUGGAGGACUCUUAUCUGGGUUUUUGAAAAAAGCUACAGACACAGUGACAGGUUCUCAACCAACCCAGUCCGAGUCACAAGCAGAUACAGCUGACCAUACAGCCAAAAUAGAAGUACCAGAAGAAAACAUGAGUCAAAAGACUAUUCCUCUUAUUCAGUCAGCAGACAAUUUGUCAGCAUUGCGUUCAACAGAAGCACAUCCCCCUGACCAGCAACUAAAACAUCCUAUAGUCUCAGAUCAACAACCAAACCAACAGCAACAGCCUAACCAAACAAAACUACCUCCAAAAGCAACAGCAACAAUGCCUCAACCUAGUGGAUUGUUUGGGAGUUUGUUGAAACUUACAGAAACUGCUCCACAGCCACCAAAAGGUUCUUUGGCUUCACAAUCUACUCAACCAAAUCAGCAAUCAGGUAACAUGUUGUCAGGACUUUUUAACAAGAUUGUGGAACCUGAUCAUACUCCAUCUCAGAUACAAUCAGAAUCUGGUGCUCAAGAAACUAACCAAAAACCAGUGCAGCAAGCAUCUGCUCAACAAGGAGGCUUCUUCUCUGGUCUUUUUGGAAUUGGGGGCCAAGACUCUGCUCCUGCAAACCCAGGCCAGAUCUCACAAAACCAGCAGCUAAAUGGCCAUUCUGGGCACCAACCUAAUCACCAACCGGGCAAUAGACAAAACCCACAACCGCAAAACCAAGCCCCUACACAGCAGCCCACCAGUAUUCCCGGAGGGAUGCUUACUGGAUUAUUAAACAAAAUUACAGAUGCUGGCACCCCAAAGUCUACAGAGGGGAGUCAGCCAGAGCAGCAACAGGCACAAAGAGCAGGCCCUAAGAUGACCCAGCAACCACCUAAUCAACAGGUAGGCUUCUUCUCUGGACUAUUAUCAGCAGGUCCUACUGCUCUGGGACAGCAGCAGCCACCCGUUAGUCAUGACAACCAGCAGCAAACCCAACAAGGUAACAGACAGCCUCUGCGGAGGCAAAAUCAGGUACGUCCACCAUCGGCUGCCUCUGCCCCAGAGCCACAGCAGGGUGGACUAUUGUCAGGGCUUUUUAAUAAGUUAGCAUCUACAGAUAAUGCACCACAACAGCCAACACAGCAGACUGUGUCUCAACAGGGAAAUAAAUUAAACAUUGUUCGACCUGCUCAAUCUUCAGUUCAACAAUCGUCUCAAGCCAGUCAGCAAGGUGGAUUCUUGUCUGGUCUUUUUGGUCAGACAUCACCUCAACAGCAGCAACAGCCUUGCAAAAGUGCAAAUCCUCAACAUAUAGCAACUCAACCGCCUAAUCAAAGUGGAGGCUUGCUUUCAGGAAUUCUGAAAUUUGCAUCUGGUGAAAAUGUACCACAGGAACAACAGUCACCUCAACCUGCUCAGGCAGGUCAACCAUCUGUUAAAUCACCACAAAAUCCAGCCCAGUCUGAAUCAGGAGGAUUAUUUUCUGGCCUGAUGAACAAAAUUUCAGGAACUGUGGAACAGUCAUCAUCACCGCUUGAUCAGGUGAACCCUCAAGUAACACAGCAACAGCAUGAGCUACAUGCAGGACAGGGGCGACCACAAAUUCACAGAACAAAACCAGUAGAGAUGCAUUUGUCUCAAGAUGUGCCCACAGAUAAGAAUUUAAAAGGUCCAGCUCAAAAAGGUUUCCUCGCAGGCCUUUUUAGUGUCACAGAGGAGCCAUCGUCAAAGACACAGCAGCCAUCAACCCCUCAGCUUGGGAAGAAGGAACCAAAAACCAGCACAAAUAGCACUUCUCCUGGUUUGUUAUCCAGCAUUUUCAAAACAAGCCACAGUGACAGUAGCUCUUCUGCUCCUGAAAAGGAAACUGAACAAGGCCUUCCUGAUCAUUUACUACCAAAGAGUAAGGAGGAAAACCUUUUAAGUACAGCAACACUCACAACUGCUGUUGUUACAGCUACUCAGGUUGAUGAUAUCUGUAAUGAACCUAUGCAAUAUCAGGUUUGGCAAGAUCCUACCAUUUCCCCAACACAAUCUUAUCUUGACGAAAUUCAGCGUCUCUUAUAUGGGACAGCCCAUGAGUAUGGUUAUAAGGAUCUUUUAUUCAACUUUACAGAGCAGGGUGUUAUCCCACCAGAGCUCUAUGAGUAUCAGUGUCUCAUAGAAGCUCUUCUGUGGCAGCAACUGAACGAUUAUGCCCUUGCUGAAGCCCUUGCCACUCAAGGUCAGGAAAGCUCCCAAACAUGCCUGGGAAAUAUACCAUCAACUACUAAAGCACCUCAAUUGGCGAAUCAUAUUAGGUUAAAUCCUAUGGAAAUGGACAUCAGUGGCUUCAAUGUACCCUCACAUCCCUGGAGGGAUAUUUCUGGCCAGCUUUAUGAGAGCAGAAAUUGUUUUUUUGAGCCAGAUGAAGAUAUUGUUUUGUUUGACAUGAGUUGUAGAGACAAGAAACCCUGGAGUAGCUGUGACCAUUUGAACGAUCUUGAUUCGAAAAGAAAACCUUGGAUUUUUGAAAGCAGUGCUCUGAAUCUGUGCAUGGAAAAAACUAAAACACGGUUUAAUAGAUGUCAUUCGCUUGCAGAAUGCAGCGCUCAGGAAAUCUGCAAAGUAGUGGAAAAAAGUGGUGUUAGUAGUGGCAUGAAAGAUGAAGACUUUGGUUUGAAAUCAGCAACUGAUUUUUUAAAACAACUUGCCAAAAAAAAGGGUCCAAUGGAUUUAACAAGUGCUGCUGUGGAUUUAAGCAGGUCUACAAGAACUACAGGGGAUGCAGAUGAUGAAACGCUCUUUGAUGAUUCUGAGUGGUAUCAACAGUGGCUUUCACUAUUGGAGCAAGGGUUGUGGUGGCCAGCUGAGGCUGGGGACUGCGGAUAUUAUGUUUAUACAGAUGAGGAAUACAUUUAUUCCCUCUUAACCGACAGAGCUGGUGGACACCUCUAUGCCUGUGCUGAUCCAGAGGAUUUUCAUGCUCUUGGAAAUAUCACUGAAAAUUGUGCUAACAUUAUGAAACAAAAACAAAACAACAAAGUAACUCUUUGUGGUUUUAAAAUCCCCCUUUGCGCUGAAAAUAAUGGUGCCGAAGAUAAUGGUUUCUUGAUUCCAGGACAGCAGCAUAAUGAAUCAGUGUUUUCAGAUGCGCCCAUAGAUCUAACUUACGCCCUAAGAAAAGGUGAAAAAAUAAUGAACAUGAAUUUGGAAAGUUUCUCUCAAAUGUUUCAAGAAUCUCUUAAUUCUCAAGCAGAUCAGCCUGUAGACUUUAGUGUGUACAAGCUUAAAAAGAUUAAGGUUGAAUCGGUACAAAAUGGCAAUAGCUGUCAAGAGGAGCCAAUGGAGGCAGCUGAUCUAACUUUUAAGUCACAGAAAGGGGGGCAUGGAGGGCCAUACUGGAAAAACCAGGGGAUAAAAGAUGUACUUACACUGACAACUACAUCUUCUUCAAGGUGCUUUUCUACACAAAUCUCUCCAAACACCCUUUGCCCAAUUCCUGAAAUCAGGAUUGCACAAGUCGGUGAUACACCUGCAGAUCAACUAAACAGAGCAAGCUCCAUAUGUUUAGCUAAUGGAGGAAUCACUGGAAUGUCUCCCAACACUGAUGCAAGUAAAGCUGAUUCAACACCUGCUACCUCAUCAUCAGUGUCUAGCAAGGUUUCAAAGACUUCAAGCAUUUCCAAACAUCUUCCUGAGAUCCCAUCAGCUUCAAAAAUACCAGGAAGUGUGCAGUUGGGAAGGAAAUUGCCUACACCACCAACUGUUACUAAAUCCUCUUCAGCGCUUUCAGCACAGGCAACUUCUGUUAGAAGUUUAACCCCUACAUCUAGUACACCUGUGGCUGCGCCUUCAAUUUCCCCACAGAGACCCCAGCUUGCAAGGCAGCCAUCUCAGAUAGACAAACCCAGAGUAUUAUCACACGCAAAUAAGACUACAGUUGCAGGGAUGUGUGACAUAAGCAAAGUAAGCAAUAGUUUAACAGUGGACCAAACAUCCUCCCUGUCCUCAAAGCAGCCUCAAGAGCCAUCUCAGAAAUAUACACCUCAGUUACAUAUACUGAAUGACAGCUCAAUUAAUGAAGCCCACCUUUACAAAAAGAACAAUAACUGUGGCACUCUUUCUGAACCUCAAAUAGCCAAUAAAGUCCUAGAUUUCUCUGCCACAAUUAAUAAAAGAGACAAUAUCAAAACAAAAUAUGGAACAGAUGCCAAAGUAGAAUCUACACAAAAAGAUAAAAUUGUUGACUUUACAAAGUACAAGUUGAAAAGAUUUAAAGAAAUAAAUCAGAUAGAUACUAAUGCAAGGCUGUACUUGACUAGCAAGACCAUUGCUGUAGAUCUUACUAAACAGAUUGAGGAAGAAGAAAUUGAAUGGCCUGAUUUAGAAUAUCCCACUCUGGACACUUUACAGCAAAGUCCAAGUGUUUCAAUUCUGAGAACAGUUUCUCAGACCAACCAUAUGACAGUUGGUCAAAAUAGCAAUUUGGAGAGAAGAUUGUCCAGUCCAAAGAUAAGAGUUGACCAUACCUUUUUUACAAUGCCUCUCCAAAGACCACUAGCCUCCCACAUUACCUCUAUAAGUGGGACAAACCAAACUGAUGUUACAGCCUCCGGCAAUGUUGCAUUAGACAUUUCAUCCAAACCUACUUUUACAUCGUCUGAUGAAUUACCAAAGAGUUCUGACACUAAGGUAAAGUUAUUAAUAACAAGAAGCUCUUCAAUUACUCAUAUUUCCAGUAAAGCAUCUAGCUUUGAUGGAGGUCUCAAAACCCCUGAAAAAAUGGGAUCAAUGCAACCUGUUUGUACUACACCAUUGGUAAGCCCGGUUAUGACAAAACAGAUGGACCGUCAAGGUCAGCAACUAAAUUCUUCAUUCAAUGUGCAUCUAAAUAUGCAGGAAACCCCACCAAUUGUUACAACUCAGUUUAGAAAGGAAAUCCCUGUUGAUACCAAGAUAGCAAAUUUAACAUCUCCCUCUUGUCAGUCUAGUGGAAAGGUUCGACAAUAUCAAGAGACCACAGCACCAGCAAACUCAAUUACAGCUACAUUAGAUAUGUCUGCCAAAACAACAGGCCAGCAGGUUGCGGAAACUGUUGUUGAGUUGACUGUCUGUGAGGCACUGUCAUUGACAAAGAGAAAAACAAAGAGAAAAACUUUAAUUUCCGAGGGGACAGAAACAAGUUCUAGUCAUCAUGAAUCCAUUGACUUGUCAUGUAGAGGGGACUCAACAGAGCAUCAGGGAAAAAUAACCGAGGAUAUUCAUUCACUACCUGUUGAGGAAUCUCAUUCUCAUACAAUUACAGGCAAUCAGGUAAAAUUCUCUGUUAGAAAAAAUGAGAUUCCCUCUGGUAGUAGGAUAUUGUUACCAAGACAGCAGUGUCUUUUAGGUCAGUCUUCUGAAUCCCUUGAAAUGUAUAAACCAGCUCAACCAGCCACAGCCCCACCCAACACAGUUAAGGCCACACUAGACAUGACUUCUAAAUCUUCUGUCAAAUUGAAGUUGAUUCAAGAAGUAAGAAGAGACGACAUUCUUACUGAAGCUAUACCACUAACACGAGGCAAGCCAAGUGCCCGUGAACUUGCACGAAAAGAUUCCGUUGGUGUACCACUAGUUGUAGAUAUCCCUUCUGAAGAACCUCUUGGUGAAGUUAAGAUCAGCUCCCCUGCAAGUGCACAGCAGGAGUUUGAGAAUAAGACUCAAUGCCACUCAGAUUAUAUUCUAUAUCAACAACAGUAUUGGCGGAGUGGACCUGGUGUCUUUGAACAGUCAAAUCACUCAACAUUACAGUCGUCAGCCACUGUUCAAACACAUCAGACAUCCACUUCAACAAAACCAAGACAGCGGUCUCUUUCAGGUCAGUCUUCUGAAUCCUUUGAAAUCUGUAAACCAGCUCAGCAAGUCACAGCCCCAGCCAAUACAGUUAAGGCAACACUAGACAUGACUUAUAAAUCGUCUGUCAAAUUAAAGAAGGAGAUUCCGGAAGUAAGAACAGAUGACAUUCUUACUGAAGCUAUCCCACUAACAAGAGGCAAGCCAAGUGCCCGUGAACUUGCACGAAAAGAUUCCGUUGGUGUACCACUAGUUGUAGAUAUCCCUUCUGAAGAACCUCUUGGUGAAGUUAAAAUCAGGUCCCUUGCAAGUGCACAGCAGGAGUUUGAGAAUAAGACUCAAUGCCACUCAGAAUCUAUCCUAUACCAACAACAGUAUUGGCAGAGCAAACCUUGUGUCUUUGAACAAUCAAAUUCCUCAACUUUACAGUCGUCAACUGUUCAAACACAUCAGACAUCCACUUCAACAAAACCUGUCUCAGUUACAGCACUGGAUAUGUCGCCCAAGCCAUCCCAAGCCACACUGGAAACAACAAUGCCAGAAUAUGAGUCAAUUCAAAAUGAAGCAAUUCCACUUGUUAAGAAGCCAAGUGCAAGAGACAUUGCCAUAAAUGAUUCAGUUAGUAUUUCCCUGGUAGUUGAGUCCAGCCCACUGAAAUCAAAAUGCCCAAAGCAACCUCAAACCCUGGAUGGAAACAUUGUCCCUGUUCUGCAUCAACCAUAUUCAAGCUGUGUGACAGUGCAGUGCUCCAGUGUAACUGAGAGCAAUGGUGUGUCACAGUCCAUUAUCCAACCUUAUCCACUCUCUACAGCACCAGCAAACUCUGUUAAAGGCACAUUAAAUAUGUCAACAAAGGCAUGUAUAUCAGACAUAGCGCUAAACUAUUCAAACCCAGUAUCACUGGUAAGAACAAGGCCAUCAGGCUUAGCAUAUUCUCAAAGUGAUUCUGUUGGUGUUCCACUAAUUGUGGAAACACAACCCUUCCAAGAGCAAUCUAAAAGGCAAAACACAUGGGUUGAAUCACAAGAACAGAUGCAACAAGGAUUUGUGCAUGGUAGAUGUGGAGAAAUAGAGCAAAGAGCAUCAUCACCUGCCAACUCCGUCAAAAGCUUCCUAGAUAUGUCUUCAAAAUCACAGCAGAAACAAUCUGAAAAAGCUCCUGAUACCUGCUCAACUGGAGCUCUGUCAUGUGUCAGAAACACAGCAACUAUAACAAGGAUAGGUUCUGUUGCUGUACAACUCAGAGUGGAGCAGUCUGAACAUCAACAAGUGAUUCAUGCCUUGAGUGGAGUCAACACCAAUGAGACACUGCAAAGACAGAUAUAUACCUACCCCAGUAAUGAGGUCUUUUCUGGUCCAAUGACCACCAACAAGGAAAUACACCAACAAAAUAAGCCAGUGAACUUCUCUGCAAAAGAUAGCCUAAAUACUACUAACAUUUCAAGUAAUCACACCGAACCAGAGGAUGGACAGCCAAUGAAUUUCACUAAUAGCAAAGGAAAGAAAGAAAUGUUUGAAAGAAGGCAGACUGGAAGGCAAUUAAAAAAGAAAACAAUGCUGGGUAUUGUUGACCUAAGUGUGGAUCCUCAAACCGCAAUUAUUGGUCUUCAAGAUGUGAAGGAUCUUUCUUUUCCUUAUGAGUCUUCUCUCUCUCAGAGUAGUGUUUACGACAAGCAGCAAGACAAACCACCAACUUCUAAGGAGGUCAGAGAAGAUACAUCAAUUUGUCAAACUCAGAAGUCUAUUCAACAUAUGGAAUCUUCCACUGAUGAACAUGCCCCCACCCAAACUGAAAUACAUUGCAGAAGGCACUCAGUAAUAGGAUUAAGUUCUGACCCAAUGAACAGUUCCUCUUUGAUGACUAUUCAAAGGAAGAUGCAGCCUCAUAGGAAUGUAGCUCCCCAGGCUACGCAAGACUAUGCAUCUGCUACAUUCUCACUAAACAGUCCAUAUCAGCAAUAUAAAUCAAAGAAGCCUGAUCAAUUACCUUCAAACAUAUCUCAGCUGCAAACACAACAUCCAGUCCCACAGCAGCAAUACCAGCAACCUGGUGUGGAAAUUGGUUGGACUUCAUCUACUGCUAGAUCUCUGCCAAAAUCUCCAAAGUUGCAAAGACAAGAUACUGUUCAGCAGGACAUGACCUUUAGGCCCAAAAUUCUUAUCAAGCAGCCAACUGUGGACAGCUAUGGGAGUAUUGAGGAAAGCCCAUCAUAUAGUGAAACAAUGAUAAAUAAUGGACAGGCAUUGCCUCCUUUGUCCACCCCGCAACUGCACUGUACAUCCCAAACUGUUCCUACCCCACAGUGUUUGCCUGCUUCAAUUAUUCAGAAAGCAAAUGAUCAUCACAGAACUAUUUCUUAUUUACAGUCUUUUGAUGUACAGCCAAUGCAGAGCAGUGCAAGUACAGAUUAUUAUGCAAAAGAACCUCUUCAACUCUCAAGACAACCUGAUCCAAGCCAAUGCCAUAUCACUGUUCCGCAAUAUCAGGCACCAACUGUACUCACUCCAAGUACUGGGACUCCAAUUAAACAUGUAUCUGAGGUUAGUGUGCUUAUAACCCAACCACCCACACAACAUGGCCCAGUGCCUGUAAAACAAGUCAAGAGUAGUCAUCUAAACCAGGGCUUUGGAUCUGAAAUGCAUGGACCAGAGGUAUAUCCAACACCAGCAGAAUCCACCUCUCUUAGGGGUUUGAUUUCAUUUUAUAGUGGUUUAGGUUCACAACCCUCUGGCAGUACAAAACCAAUUUCUGUUAUGCCCGACACUCAUAUUGGCUCUUUACCUCUGGAUUACAGAAUGCAAGUUACUCCAACACAGACUCCUGCUCUCAGCUGUGUUGCUGUUACUUCUGACAAGAAAACUUUAUCUGAAAUGACUGCACCUCAAUGUUCUCUACCUUGUACACAAGUAUGUGUUAACCAAAAUGAAGAUUCCAAAGUGUCAAACAGUAAAAGCCUUCUUGAAUCUUCAACUACACAAACCAAAUCCUUCACUGAAUCUAGCCAACUAAAAACUGGAGGUGAACUAUCUGCGUCAUUACCAUCUAAAAUGCCUAAAGCGAAUACCGAAGGGGUCAUCACAGAUAACACAGGUUUAUCUGAAUCAGGCAUGUCACAGCAGCAAAGUUCAGAAGAAAUUAAACAAACUAUAUCAUCAGAAUCUGACAAUGUCAACAUUGGAUAUAGUGGCGUCUCUACUGUGUCUAACAUUUCGCAGGAGAAAAUUAGCUAUCCACGGUCAAUCUACAUUGGCAUUAACCACUCAAAAAUACCCCCUGCUGUUCCAGAAAUUGACCCAGGUGAGCCAAAGCCUUACGUUAGACUACCCCAUAUUUUUGUCUCAGCAGCAAGUUCACCAGAAGAGGAGACAAUUGAACAGGAGCUCAUUGAACGUAGCAAGCCUCAACUGCCAGAAGUGAGUGCUUCUGAAGACAACACCCUCAUUGCAGUAACAAUAACAGCCUGUAAGAAUUCUUCACCUGCUGAUAUUGUUUCCCAGUCUGAUAUACCUGAGGAUACACUGACUAGAGCAGAUUUUACCUCUGCAGAUGAACAUGACUUACAGCACAUCCUGUCCAAGAAAAGCUCAACCAUAGAAGCUACCAUCUCAGAAGUAAAAGCAGAGACCACUGAGGCUUUUGAGUCGCCGCUAGAGUCUUCCAAGGAUGUAAAAUCAACAGCCCCAGACAUAACACCACUUGAAGUAGUUAAACCUCUCGAAAACACAAUUUUAGUGCCACCACCACCAGAAGGCACUGGACCUCUUGAAGAGUUAGCACAGAGGGACACAAGUACAACAUCUAAUUUUGUGUUGACCAAAGAAGUUCACUCUCUUGAGAAAUUGUUACUAGAAGAAGUAUAUCCAGACAUAACACAACCUAAAGUAGUUAAACCUCUAGAAAACACAAUAUCAGUGCCAGCACCACCAGAAGGCACUGGACCUCUUGAAGAGUUAGCACAGAGGGACACAAGUACAACAUCUGAUGUUGUUUUGACUAAAGAAGUUCACUCUCUUGAGAACUUGUUACUAGAAGAAGUAGAUCCAGACAUAACACAACCUAAAGUAGUUAAACCUCUAGAAAACACAAUAUUAGUGCCAGCACCACCAGAAGGCACUGGAACUCUUGAAGAGUUAGGAGAGAGGGACAACAGUACAACAUUUGAAGUUGUGUUGCCUAAAGAAGUUCAGUCUCUAACAAACGUGAUACUAAAAGAAGUAGCUCCAGAAAUAACACCACUUGAAGUAGUGAAACCUCUAGAAAAUACAAUAUUAGUGCCAGCACCACCAGAAGGCACUGGAAGUCUUGGAGAGUUAGCACAGAGGGACAAAAGUACCACAUCUGAAGUUGUGUUGACCAAAGAAGUUCAAUCUCUUGAUAACUUGUCACUAAACGAAGUGGCUCCAGAAAUAACACCACUUGAAGUAGUUAAACCUCUAGAAAACACAACAUUAGUGCCAGCACCACCAGAAAGCACUGGAACUCUUGAAGAGUUAGCACAGAGGGACACAAGUACACCAUCUGAUGUUGUAUUGCCUAAAGAAGUUCAGUCUCUUGAUAACUUGUCACUAAAAGAAGUACCUUCUGCCUCAGACGCAAAAUCACCUGAAGGUGUUCAACAGCUUCAUGACAAAACGGAAAGGGACAUUACCUUAUCUACCCUUAAGCCUAGUCCUGUCAAACCUUGCACAGAAGAAAUUACCUCUAAGGAGGAUAGUUUAGCAGUCAAGGUUGAUCAACCUGAGGAAGAACAACCUAAUGAGCAACAAGGAAAAAGCUUAUUUUCUAUGUUUAGUGGCUCGACUGCAACCCCUCAGCAAAUGUCUUCCCAAACUGGGUUAUCAAUACUUGGUGGCAUUCUUCCUGGGUCAUCUACAAAAGAUACUCCUGGCACAGGGUUGCUCUCAAUGUUUGGUGGGUCAAAUGCCCCAUCUACACCUGGAACCAAAGACCCACCACUACUUUCAGCCGCACAAGACACCCAGGGAAAAGGAUUAUUCUCUUUGUUUAGUGGAUCCAGUAGUCAGCCACCAUCUGGCCCAAGAGGUCCAACUGGUGUAAGUGUGCCACCCAGAGGUCCUCCCCCCAAAGAACCUCAAAGCAAAGGCUUGUUUUCUAUGUUUGGUGCAUCUGCACCUCAGCAACCACCCAGUCCCAGAGGUCAUCAUGGGUAUAAUGCCACACCCAGAGGACCUUCCACUGGAUCGUCUAUGUUUGGUGGCAUCCUCCAAGGUGCUACUACAAAUAAAGAAACUCCUGGUGCAGGUUUGUUUUCCAAGUUUGGAGGUCUCAGUGCCCAGCCCCAAACUGGACCAAAAAUACCCACACAGGGACCAACAGUUAUACCACCAGGACUCAAAGUUUCAGAACCUUCUGGAAAAGGACUAUUCUCUAUGUUUGGUGGACAGAACCAGCAAACAUCAGAACCACAUCCAACCGCUUCUAAACCACAAGAAUCUGAGAGUAGUUUCACAGUUUCCUCUGUGUUUUCACUUGGCGAGAGUUCUGAAGGUAACAAAUCUAAAACUGGGUUUGGCCUUUUUGGAAUGUCUUUCAUGGAGGAAACCAAGACAGAGCCAAAAACAAUGGUGAAGGGGGAGAUUGCUUCUGAACAAGUGAAACCCCCAGACACAAAAGAUGUUUCAAAAGAAGGAAAGGGUCGUCUUGUUGAGGCCAUGGAAAAUGUACCUUCUGAGUCUCUUUCUAUAUCUUUAGUUAAGGAUGAACUUCAAGUAGAGCAGGCAUGCCAGGAUGGUCAUGAUUCUACCUUGGACAUUAAAAAUGAUACCACUGAAGAACCCUUUCCCCUAACAGAUCCACAUCUGGAGGGAGACAAAAUAGCCACAAUUCAGCAAAACCUUUCUUGUGAUGAAAAUUCCUUAGUUGUGGUUGAAGCUUCUAUUACAGACACAACAAAUGUGAAAGAGACACUACAAGCUGUAAAACUAGUAAGUCAAGAACAGUCAGACAUCCAAUAUGAAUAUAAAGAAAAGAAAGAUACAGCAGAUGCUGAGAAAGAAGUUGCUAAAUCAGAAACAGAUACUUUUGAAGUUAAGAGCACAUGUGAUGAAAGUGGCAUAGCUGCCAUCAAAAGCCCAUUAGAAAUAACUGAGAAUCUGCAAGUGAAAAGUGUUGUGGAUUAUACUGACAAAAACACAAGAUCAGAUAUUGUUGGAGUGGAACAUGGAAACACAGAUGAUGAAGGAGGGAUAGCAAUUCCAGAGGUAGAAAAACUAACUGAGGAGCCACUUAAAGUUGCUAGUGAAGAGCAAACAGCAGUUGCAGAUGGGGAAAAAUCAAUCGAGGAGCCUUUGAAAGAUAACGAUGAAGAGCAAACAGCAAUUGAAGAUGGGGAAAAAUCAGUCCAGGAGCCUUUGAAAGUAAAUGAUGAAGAACAAACUGCAGUUGCAGAUGUUGAAAAAAUAACUAAGGAACCUUUGAAAGUGGUUGGGGAUGAACAAGCAGCUAUUGCAGAUGUGGAAAAAUCUUUUGAAGAGGCAACUGUAGCUGAUUUGAUGAUAGCAGAUACAGAAAAACGUACUGUAGAAUCUGUGGUGGGUGUAGUUACAACAGAGCCUGCAGUAUCAGAACCAGAAAUAUCAAUUGAAGAAGACUUGAAAUCCAUGUCUGAUGGGACUGCAAAGGAACCGAGUGAAGCUUUAGAGCUUGCAGAAGCUAAUAAAGAACCUGCACAUGGAUUAGAGAAACCUGUUGAAACUAAUAAUUAUGAUGCAAUAGUCUUAUCAUCAAAUGUGGAAAAAACUGUUGGUACCAACUCACCAGAAAUGACACCUCAAGCUAUGGGGCCUUUAAAAGGUCCAUCAUUGAGACCUUCUGGUCCUCCACCAAUGCAACAGCCCAGGUCAGGCACUGCCAGGCCACCCGGCCCACCAGGACAAAGAAUAGGAGCACCAAGGAUGGGUGGGCCACAGAUGGGAGGCCCAAGAAUGGCAGGACCGAGAAUGUCAGGGCCAAGACAGCCAGGACCACGGAAGCCCUCUGAACCAGCUCCCUUUUCUGGCUUUAUGUCUAUGUUUUCUUCCCCAAAUGCCCCAAGUAAAACACCAACUGUUGGUGGAUUUUUUUCAAGUUCACCUGGUUCAUUUUUUGGAUCAUCAACUGCUCCUAGUCAGCCACAACAACAACAACAACAACAACAACAACAACAACAACAACAGAAAAGCUCAUUUUUUGGACUUCCAAGUAGCAUUGCUACAGAAUCCCUUACUAGUGACCUAUUUGGUAUUUUCAAAGGUCCUGAAACAUCUAAAUCUGAGGAACAUCAACAGCCAGAUACAGAGUCUGGAAAAGAGGAUCCUUGUGCAACAAUAACAAUCUCUGAAAGGACUAAAAAGACAGAGAAGACACCUUUAUCUGGAGAUGGACUUGUAAAAAGCCCCGUGGACUCUGAGGACCCUGAAAAGGGAUUAGUUGAGGAGGCAGAACGAACAGACAAAACAGAAGCCGAAGAAAGUUCUCUGAUCGAAUCCACUAUGAAAACUGCUCUCCCUGAAAAGAAAGCAGGGGAUGAUGAGUAUGCAGACUAUAUAGAAGGGCCAAGUUCUGCAGUUUCUGAAAAAGCAGUGCCUGACAAAGCAGUACAUGACAAAGCUGCUUCUCCCCCAGCUCCUGAAACCAAGGGAAUAUUUGAAAUACCCGGUCUGACUGCUCCUAAAUUUGGCUUUAUGUCUGUAGCUGCUGAAGGCACAUCAUCUAUCGGAUCCCUUUUCACCACCACUCCAUAUCCAGCCAUUGGUACAACUACUCCACAUCCGAAACUGACAGAUGGUGGUCUCUUUUCUGGUUUAAAAAAUCUUUCAGUUGGUAUUUUCCACGAUGAAAAGCCAACUGGAAAGGAAGAACCAUCAGCUUCAUCUGUGUUUGGCAUGAAACUUGGCUCAAUGUUUGGUAACUCCGACCCUCCCAAACCUGAAUCCACCGCUCCGGUGGUCACAACCCAACCACAUUCCGAAAGUCCAAAACCUAUCGAUGAAUUUUGUGAGCCAGGGCCUGAGAAACCUUCCCAUGGUUCUGGAGAAAUCGAAAGUGCAGAUACCAGUGAUACAGAAGGACCAACAGAAACUUCAACAACAGAAAGCUGUGACACCUUAGCACAGUCACCACAGUCUGGCCUCCCCUCUCACUCAAUUUCCUUAGCAGAUUUGGAUGAACCCCUGUUAAAUAUCACCCCAUGUGAACUAGACAAGAGUGACGUUGUCACACCUGAACCCAUGCAUGCAGGUUUUGGCACAGAGCAACCAAAGGACCUGCUGACAAAGGAAGUCGCAAAAAGUCCACCGAAUAGCAGUCGCUUUGAUUCAUCAGGCAACCUCAGCCCGGCCAGCUCCCAGCUCAGCUCUGAGCCUGAGGAGCGCCGAGAUCCAGAGACCCGCCACCCCAGUGCCCUGCGUCCCUUUCUCAGUAGCCAAAAGUCUACCUGGGAUGAGGAAGAAGAGGAGGAGGAAAAGGUUGAGAAAGAGCAGCAUCCACUAUCAGAGCCUGGUUCCAAUAAAGAUUUGAAGGACUCUUCGGCCAUCCUGCCCAAACCAAUCUUGGACAACUGUGAUAACAAGACUAAGACUAAAAUCUGUUUCUUUGAAGAUGGCCCUCCACCGUGCUCUCCAUCCAAAGUUCGCUGGCUGAAAGCAUACAACAAAGUGAGAGUACAGCUCCUUGAGAGCCGAGAUCAAGAUGCUGACCCCAGCAAGCACCCAUGGGCCAAGCCUGGGGGAAACACUCCGUUUGGAAUUGACAGCAUGCCAGACCUCUGCAAGAGGAGGCCCAUUCCACUUGUUAGUGAACUGGCUAUGUCUAUGAUACAGUCCAGGAAAGCUGGACUUGCCCACACAUUGGCCACACGGACCUCCCUGAAAGAUGAAGAGCUUAAAAACCACGUGUACAAGAAGACCCUGCAGUCUCUGAUCUACCCAAUCUCUUGCACAACGCCACACAAUUUCGAGGUCUGGACGGCCACUACGCCCACCUACUGCUACGAGUGUGAGUGUCUGCUUUGGGGUAUCGCCCGGCAGGGUAUGCGUUGUGCAGAGUGCGGCGUCAAAGUGCACGAGAAAUGCCAAGAGCUGCUGAAUGCUGACUGCCUGCAGAGAGCCGCCGAGAAGAGCUCCAAGACCGGGGCGGAGGACCGAACGCAGCACAUCAUCAUGGCUAUGAAGGACAGGAUGAAGAUCCGCGAGAGGAACAAGCCUGAGAUCUUUGAGGAGAUCCGGAAGGUGUUCAACAUCACCAAGAUGAUCCACGUCCAGCACAUGAAAAGCAUCAAGCAAAGCGUCCUGGAUGGCACCUCCAAGUGGUCUGCCAAGAUCACCAUUAACAUCGUUAGUGCACAGGGUCUCCAGGCCAAGGACAGAACAGGCUCCAGUGACCCGUAUGUCACUAUCCAAGUUGGAAAGACCAAGAAGAGAACAAAGACCAUCUACGGCAACCUGAACCCAGUCUGGGAGGAAAAGUUCAGUUUCGAGUGUCACAACUCAUCGGAUCGUAUAAAGCUCCGUGUUUGGGACGAAGAUGAUGACAUCAAGUCUCGAGUGAAGCAGCGUCUGAAGAGGGAAUCUGAUGACUUUUUGGGUCAGAGCAUCAUUGAGGUCCGAACUCUGAGCGGAGAGAUGGACGUCUGGUACAACCUGGAAAAGAGAACAGACAAGUCGGCGGUGUCUGGUGCCAUUCGUCUUCAGAUCAGUGUGGAGAUUGAAGGGGAGGAGAAGGUGGCACCCUACCACGUACAGUACACGUGCCUUCAUGAGAACAUGUUCCACUACUCAACGGAUAUAGAGGGAGGCGGCGGCGUAAAGAUCCCAGCGGCUCAGGGAGACGAUGCGUGGAAGGUUUACUUUGAUGAGGUGCAGCAGGACAUCGUGGACGAGUUCGCCAUGCGCUAUGGCAUCGAGUCCAUAUACCAGGCCAUGACUCAUUUCUCUUGCCUGUCCUCUAAGUACAUGCUGUCAGGGGUGCCAGCAGUGAUGAGCACCCUGCUGGCCAACAUUAAUGCCUUCUAUGCCCACCCAAUCGCCUCCACCAAUGUCUCUGCUCCGGCCAGAUUUGCAGCCUCCAACUUCGGGAGAGAUCGUUUUGUGAAGCUCCUCGAUCAGCUGCACAACUCCCUGCGUAUCGACCUCUCCAUGUACAGAAACAACUUUCCAGCCAGCAGCAAGGCUCGCCUCCAUGACCUCAAGUCAACAGUGGAUCUUCUCACCAGCAUCACCUUCUUCAGGAUGAAGGUCUUAGAGCUGCAGAGUCCUCCUAGGGCCGCCAAUGUGGUGCGAGACUGUGUCAAGGCCUGUCUGAACUCCACCUAUGAGUACAUCUUCAACAACUGUCUGGAGCUGUUCAACCGCCAAUUCCAGCCCGCUGUCAAACCACCUGAGCCAGAGAAGAAAAAGAAAAAGAAGAAGGAAAAAGCAGAUGGAGAGGAAGAGGAAGAUGAUGAAGAAGAGGAGGAGGAGGAAGAAGAAGAGGAGGAGGAGAAAGAGGAGAACCAGCAGGAGGAGCAGGGCCCGAGUAUCCAGAAUCUAGACUUUUGGCCUAAACUCAUUACUCUCAUCGUAUCCAUUAUUGAGGAGGACAAGAACUCCUACACACCCAUCAUUAACCAGUUUCCUCAGGAGCUCGAUGUGGGUAAAGUCAGCACUGAGGUCAUUUGGAGGCUGUUUGCUCAGGAUAUGAAAUAUGCACUGGAGGAACAUGAGAAGCACAGACUCUGUAAGACUGCAGACUACAUGAACUUGCACUUCAAGGUCAAGUGGCUUUACAACGAGUAUGUUAAGGACCUGCCCGCCUUUGCAGACACUGUGCCUGAAUACCCUGCGUGGUUCCUUCAGUUUGUCCUGGCCUGGCUGGCUGAGAACGAGGAAGUGUCGAUGGAUUUCAUGCACGGGGCGCUGGAGAGAGACAAGAGAGAAGGGUUCCAGCAGACGUCUGAGCACGCUCUGUUCUCCAGCUCGGUGGUAGACAUCUUCACCCAGCUCAACCAGAGCUUUGAGAUCAUCAAGAAGCUGGAGUGUCCUGACCCCACUGUGGUGGCCCAUUAUAACCGGCGCUUCGCCAAGACAAUCACCAAAGUGCUGCUGCAGUACUGUGCCCUGCUGGCCAAGAGCUUUCCCUCCUACUGUGAGAAAGAGAAGAUACCCUGUGUACUCAUGAACAACAUUCAGCAGAUGAGGGUCCUGUUGGAGAAGAUGUUUGAGUCGAUGGGAGCAAAGCAGUUAACUGCUGAGGAGGAGAUGCUUGAGAACGAGGAGGAACCCGAGGAGUUUGAUGAGGAGGCCAACACUGACAAUGGAGAGAAUGACAUGUCUGGCUGCUCAGACUCAGAGGGAUCUGAGGUUGACAACAAAGAGAAGGAGAACAAGGACGAGUCCUCAGGCUAUGAUGACAGUGAUGAGGAGCAGGAGAAGCUUGAUAAGGAAAAGAAGGAAAAGGCUGAAAAGAAAGACAAAGAGAAGCAGGAGGACACAAAGAGUAAACAGUCAAAGGAGGAAGUUAACAAGACUGAAGCCACAGCUGCCACAAAGAAGCUGGAUAUAGAGGCAGCUGACAUCCUGAAUGAGCUGCAGGUGAAGCUCAGCACCUUCUUGGAUAACUUCAGCACCAUGUUUGCCAAGAGUUUCCAGACUCGUAUUAACGGCUGCAUGCGUCAGAUGGCUGAGAUCCUUUACCAGAUCAAAGGGCCGCCCAACCACAACACUGCAGAGGCAGAUGCUGACGCCGUGCUGAGGCCCCUCAUGGAGUUCCUGGAUGGAAACCUCAGUAUCUUUGCUGACAUCUGUGAGAAGACAGUGCUGAAGAGAAUCCUGAAGGAUCUGUGGAAGCUCGUCCUGAGCAGCUUGGAGAAGUCUAUCGUCCUGCCUCAGAGCAACGACAGCCUGGGGGCCCAGCUCCUCACAGCAGCAAAAGGACUGUCGAAUCUCAAGGGAGGUGGUGAAGCCAAGACCUUGACGCCCAAACAGUGUAUAAUCAUCGAUGCAGGGCUGGAGACGAUCAAGCAAUACUUCCACGCAGGAGGAAACGGGCUGAAGAAGGCGUUUGUCGAGAAAAGUCCUGAACUGGCUUCACUGCGUUACGCCCUCUCCCUCUACUCCCAGAGCACCGAUGCUCUCAUCAAGACCUUCGUCACCACACAACAUUCCCAAGUGCAUGAUGGGAUUGGCAUCAGAAUCACUGGCAAUGAGAAGAUUCGACCUGAUAGGGGCUCUGGGAUAGAGAAGCCCAUCGGAGAGGCCAUUCUGCAGAUCGACAUGGUGCUCGGGAAGGAACGCAAAGUUAUUGUCAGAGUCAUCGCAGUUAAUGACAUUAAAUGGCAGACAUCAGGGAUGUUCAGACCCUUCGUGGACGUCUCCAUGGUUGGUCCCUUCCUGGCCGACAAGAAGCGCAAGUUCACCACAAAAUCCAAGAACAACAGCUGGUCGCCAAAGUUCAACGAGGCCUUCCAGUUUGUCCUGGGGAAGGAAUCCCCAGACUGCUACGAGCUCCAGGCGACAGUAAAGGAUUACUGUUUUGGUCGUGCGGACCGGGUGGUCGGCAUGGCCGUGGUUCAGCUGCGUGACGUCGCUGACCGCAAGAGCUGCGUGUGCUGGUGUCCCCUGGGGCCACGCAUGCAGACCGACGAGACCGGCUUGACGGUGUUGCGGAUCCUGUCCCAACGGCCUGCCGACGAGGUGGCCAAGGAGUUCGUCAAGCUGAAAUCUGAAAUUCGUCCUGUGGAGGAGGGCAGAUGAGCAGAGACACUGACUCAAGAUCAUCACUUGUUGGAAUAAGUGAAACUGACAUGGAUCACGGUCAGAGUUUAGAGUCUGGGCUACGUGGUGUUGUCUGUUGUUAAUGAGCACUGUCAUCUUCAUCCUCAGUAAACACAGACCGCUAAGGCCCCUAACGUGAAGGAGAUCCUUCCAAAGACACAGUAGCCCCAAGCAAGUUGCCUGGUUGUCACGUUUAGAAAAGAAACUUGUUUAAUUCAACGGGCACAUUUUGAAAGCAAAUGCUUGAAUGUUGACAAAGAAAAACUUACUCAGCAACUCAACAUAUCAUAACUAUCAAGUGACAUAUGGAUUUAAAUCACCAUCUCAGAGGUCAAAAAUAGUUUCACUUCACUGGAGAAAAACUUCUGACAUUUUCUGACAUCUUAUGAUUCUGAUGACGGACUAUUUUGGUCGUCUGUAGCAAACAGAAUCUGUAAUCUGUCAUCAGCGCUGCUAAUCCACAUCUUUUUUUACCAAACAUAGAUUCACUGGAAUGUAUGGACUUGAGUGUCUGUUUACAUGACAGUAUGAAAAGAUGUGAACAAGGCACUGAAUUAAUGACGAUAAAUACCGAUGGCAUGAGUUGGAGGAAGUUAUCUUAGAUUAUUGUACUGUUUGAGCCUGUGAGGCCUUUCGAACUCUAACAAAUAUCUCCGACAUCGGAACCACUGUCGACUCUAAUAUCCCACCACAGUUUUUCCAAAAGAAACACAUUAAAAUGAGCCAAUGUCAUACUUAGCAUGACCUCAAAUUUGUAUGAAACAUUUAGGCAGGAAUACCAAUGGAACAGCAAAAAGAGCAACAUUAAAACAUCCUAUGGUCUGAAGGGCAACGCCUAUCAUGGGUCACAUCCUUUGAUUCACAGUAAUGACACCUGAGACCCUGAUGCUUCUUCGGAAAUAAGUAGUCAGAUUAUGUCAGUCCUGAAAGUGAAUAAAAUGGCAGAGUUUAUGCAGUAAUAUAUUGUAGGACAGGCAUAUUCUGAUAAAUCAAAACAAGAAGAAGAUUAUGUGUUGCCCAAUAGUGAUGAAUGUAUGGUAAUAUUUCUUCCAGACUCAAUAUCUAAAACCAUAAAAAUAAAGAAAGAUGACACACUCCUUAUGAAUUGUGUAGCCUUAAAAUAAAACAAAAUAAAUAAAGCCGGCUAGCUAAGUCACCGACUUAAAACAUGAAUGAGUUCUACAACAUUGACUUGUAGAGUAAAAAGGGAUAGAUUUAUUCAUGAUUGAUUUAUUGAUUUAUUUUUCAGAAGCAAAGAACUAUGGGUGUAUCAGUCUAGUUUCAAGUAUCUGACUGACCUCUGGACUGUGGCCUGUCGGACAAAGUGCAGCUUCUCUGGACUGAGCAGAAAUGCAGCUCUUCCGUUUUGCCAAGUGUUUAACUGUGACUGUGAACACUGUCGACUUGCUCUGAAUGAGAACAAUCUAAAAGUUUACAACCUGUUUUCAGGGGUUAAAUAGUGUGAACAACUUUAUGGAGGACCAGCAUUGGACCUUUAAGAUUUUUAUAGUUUUAAAUUGGAUGAUUACAAAAGUCUUUCAGAUGCCACAGCCUUGCCAUGCAUGCCCAGUCACGCAAUGUACCAAUCACAUGUUUAUGAAUAACUGAUUGAUGUCUUUGCAUUAGGCACACAACAGACUUGGACCUGGAUGAGAAAAAAACAUGCAGACAGGUUGUUAUGGACUUAUGUGUAACUGGGUUUAAUCCACACUCUUGUAUGUUUACUAUGUGCCAAGGAACGCAAGUGUCCAGCGAGCCAUGUUCAAAUAGCUCUCUUUUCGGGGAUGUUUGGGGACAGAUGUGGCCACUGUAGAAGUCCACAUUCUUACUGCUCGUUUGCUGAAAGUGGAUACACUUUGGCUACAAACCGAGGAUCUGUUUUGGAUAAUUUAGAUACGAUAUUCUGGAAACUAGUUUAGAGUUUUGUCUUUGAUUAUGCUUUAUGAAACUGAGUAAAUGCUUGUCCACAGUAGGGUACACGUUAUUUUACAAUGGCCACAGCUGUAGUCACAACUGAAUGCUUGUUUCAGUUACAAACUAUGUACGUUUGUAAAAAAAAAAGAAGGAAUAAGCCUACGAGCAUAGCAUGUGUUUAUUGUAUACAAAGUCAACUAGAAUUGUGAUCUUUUUCAUGUAUGUAUACUGUGAAUAUAAAGAUUGAUCAAAUGUAUGUAAAGAAGUCUCAUUCUAAUGUGACAUAUCUUGAAUAUGCUUGUAACUAUAUUUUGUACAUAUAAUAUUUAUGAAUCAA